AUGGCCCUCCCGUCGCCCGCCGGCAUCGCCAAGCCCAGGCUCCACCUGCUCCUCAACCACAGGCGCGCCAGCUCGUCGUCCGUCACCUGUGAGUGGCCGCUGAGCUCUCCCCGCCCGGACCGUGCGCCGAGUUCUUGGACUCUUGCUCACUUUUGGUUUCUUCGCUUGCUUCCAGGCUGCAGCAGCAACGGGCGGUCGUCGUCUGAGCCCGAGGACUGGGCGGCGCCGUCAGGGGACGCCGUCGACUGGCGCUCGUUCCGGGCGCAGCUCGUCCUCAAGGAGCAGUACGCGAAGAGCGUCAACCCGGCGCUCAGGGCGUCGUGGGCGCCGGCGGCGAAGAUCGCGGACAAGUGGGCGCACCCGCUGGUGGAGCCGGAGAAGGGGUGCCUCCUGAUCGCGACGGGGAAGCUGGACGGGUCGCACAUCUUCGAGCGCACCGUGAUCCUCCUGCUGUCGGCCGGGGUUCUCGGCCCCGUCGGCGUGAUCCUGAACCGGCCCUCGCUCAUGUCCAUCAAGGAGGCGCAGUCCCUCUUCGCCGAGGAGGCGGACAUCGCCGGCACCUUCUCCGGCCGCCCGCUCUUCUUCGGCGGGCCGCUGGAGGAAUGCUUCUUCCUGCUGGGGCCGCGGGAGGGCGCCAGCGCCGCCGACGACGUGGUGGGCCGGACGGGGCUGUUCGAGGAGGUGAUGCCGGGCGUGCACUACGGCACGCGGGAGAGCGUGGGGUGCGCCGCGGAGCUGGUCAAGCGCGGGGUCGCCGGCGUGCGGGACUUCCGCUUCUUCGACGGGUUCUGCGGGUGGGAGAGGGAGCAGCUGCGUGACGAGGUCCGCGCAGGGCUGUGGCGUGUGGCCGCCUGCAGCCCCGCCGUUCUCGGGCUCACCGGCAUCGGGGGCGGGCUGUGGGAGGAGGUGCAGCAGCUCGUCGGAAAGAGGAGGGUGUGGUAA